AUGCCCUUCCGCAAGCGCGCGCGGCCCGUGCACGCGCUUGUGAACCAGUACAACCUCGAAGGCGUCGACAUUGAUUGGGAAUUUCCCGACAGCGACAGCGACUUCCACAACUACCGCGUCCUCGCGCAGCAAGUGCGCCAGGCGCUCGGCGCCGACAAAGUUGUGUCGGCCGCGAUCCCCGGCAGGCUCUCGCUCGACCAGAUGACGCCAAUCAUCAAGGAGAGCCUCGAUUUUGUCAACCUCAUGCUCUACGACAACGUGUACAGCAACGAUGGCCGCCCGAACGCUGCGUUGAUGGGCGACGACAGCAGCGUCCAGUCAGCGGUGGCCAACUGGCUCGAUGCCGGUGUCCCUGCCAAUAAGCUCGUUGUUGGCGUGCCGUUUUACGGCUACGAAGGCAAGACGGCCAUGACUUACCGCGAAAUCAAGCUGCUCGAGAGCUCGUGGGCCUCCUCCAUGAACGAGGCGUCGUUCACGCCGCAGCUCGUCAAGGGCGCCCGCAAGAUCACGUACGACAACCCGACGUCCAUCGCGGCCAAAGCCAAGUUCUCCGCGUGCAUGAACCUCCGCGGUGUCUUUGCUUGGGACGUGACGCAAGACGACGCGGCGAGCAGCCUCCUCCAGGCCAUGGGCGAAACGUACCCGGGUGGGAUUGGCAACGCAGACACGUGCCUCGAGGAAGCCACGUUCACUUGA